AUGUCGUCGUCGGAGGCCUACUGGGCGGUGGAGCCGGGGCUGGGCCCCGAGGAGAGCUUCCUCUCGCUGCCGGACCUGCUGAUGUCCCACGAGCGGAUGCCCUGCCGCGCCCAGGCCGCCCUCCCGCGCCUGGCCCUCGCCCUCGGAAAGGCCCCGCUCGACGCCCUGCCUGAGGGCACCAAACUGGAGCUGCCGCUAUGGCUGGCCAAAGGCCUCUACGACAACAAGCAGAGGAUCAUUUCGGUGGAGCUGCCGACUGUUUACAAGGAGAGCUGGCGGACCGUCUUCAGCGCUGACGCCAACGUGGUGGACCUGCACAAGCUGGGGCCCUACUACUAUGCCUUCGGCUCCCAAAUGCUGAAUUUUGACAGUCCUGAAAAUGCAGAACUCGCGCAGACGAUCCUGCAGACCUUCAUCAGCCGCUUCCGCCGCAUCAUGGACUCCUCCCAGAACGCCUUCAACGAGGACACGUCGGCCUUAGUGGCCCGGCUGGACGAGAUGGAGCGGGGCUUGUUCCGGGCCGGGCAGAAGGGGCUGAACGACUUCCAGGGCUGGGAGAUGGGGCAGGCCUCCCAGAUCACGGCCUCCAGCCUGGUCCAGAACUACAGGAAGAGGAAGCACAGCGAGCUGGAUGCCUGAGGUGCUGCCGGCCUUUGAUCCCUUGUGUUGGCUCUUCUAGAACCCAACAGGGAAUCACGGCAUGGUUCGGCUUGAACCCUCUUCGCCUGAAGAUGCUCUGAUGCAGUCUUGGCUGGAGCAGAAACAUUUCAGAAAGGAGUUAAUGUUUUAAUGCCUCUCUUAAGGUGUCCAGGCAACUGAGUUUGCUUGCGGACAUCAGCCGAGACUGUUUUUACUCUUUCUGGGCUUCCUCUUCGGUCAAGGAAACACUUAGCCUUCUGAAUCUGUUUUUGGACCAGCGUACUUGUCUUCCUUUCCUGUCAGCCAUGUUGGCUGGGACUUAUGGGAGUUUGAAGGAUCACUUGUUGCUCUUCCUGCCCCGGCAUUUGCUCUCGUUGGCCAGGAAAGUGACCUUUUUCCUUGGCAGGAGGCAUCUAAGCGUGUUUCUCCAUGCUUUGGAGUAAUAUCUAUCCAAAGUCCCAGUACAAUCGACCCUUUUCCCAGUAAGAGUUUCUCAAAAGGAGCCUUCUUAAUGGUCACACGGCGUGAGCAUUCCCAGUCGUGUUGGAAGCUGUUUCUAUGGGAAUUUAAUAAUAAUAAUAAUAAAUAAUAGAAUUUUAUUUAUAUCCCGCCACCAUCUCCCGAAGGGACUCAGUGCGGCUUACAUGAGGCCAAGCCCAACAGUACAUCAAUAAACAAAAGCAAUAAACAAAAGCAAUAAAUACAAUACAAUUAAUAUAAAUCACAUAUAAAGAAUAACCAAUAAACAGUAACACACCGCUGCAACUUAGGGUCAUUCCACAGAUAUAUAAACCCAUUUUCCUAGUUCCAACAGACUUCACUACCUCUGAGGAUGCUUGCCAUAGAUGCAGGCGAAACGUCAGGAGAGAAUGCCUCUAGAACAUGGACAUAGAGCCUGAAAAAACCUACAACAACCCACAUCAUAAUACACAUAAAAACCAUAAAAGCAAAACAAAAACUAUAAAACUAGAGACUGUUGCAACUCAGGGUAGUUUUCACCUUGCUCCAGACACCACCACACCAAGGCUGUAGGUUGUUGUAGUUUAUUAAGUAAAGCAAAAUCAAAACAAAGAAAUAGAAAUGCAAUAGUUCCAUAGGCAAAACAGAGACUUAAAUGUAAAGGCAAAGUUCCCAAGAUCCAAAGGCAAAAACAAGAAGCAUAAUCUCUUAGCAAUGGUCAAACAAAAGUCCAUGGUAAACAGUUGAAAACAAGACCCAAAUCCCAGACUCAGGAAGCCAGAAGCGUGCUGCUAAAAGCCAAGGAAAAUCCCCAGAAGUUAACAUGGGAAGAGCAAUGUUGGACUGACAAAAACUACACGAUUAAAUACCCUUUGCUAACAUGAAA